AUGGAAAUUAAAUUGUGUGAGAAGAAAGCUGGAUUUAAAACACAAUCUAAAGCCAUUAAUUUUCCAGAUGAUAUAAAGAAAAAGGGCAAAGAAACACCCUAUAACUGUGAUAUAUGCGAUAAAUCAUUCUCUGUCAAAUGCCGCCUCAAUAAACACAAACUUACUCAUACAGCAGAGAGACCACAUCGUUGUGAUAUCUGUGGAAGCAGCUUAACUAAACACAAACGUAUUCAUACAGGAGAAAAACCAUUCCGCUGUGAUGUCUGCAGUAAAUCAUUCUCUGGCAGUAGUGACUUAACUCAACAUAAACGCUUUCAUACAGGUGAAAAACCAUAUCAAUGUGAUAUUUGUAGUAAGUCAUUCACACAAAGUUCACACUUAACUGUACAUAGACGUAUUCACACGGGAGAAAAGCCAUACCAGUGUGUUAUCUGUGGUAAAUCAUUUUCUGAAAGUAGUCCCUUAACUCAACAUAAACGUGUUCAUACAGGAGAGAAACCAUAUCACUGUGAUAACUGUGACAAAUCCUUCGCUGCAAUACGUAGCUUAAUUCAACAUAGACAUAUUCACACAGGGGAAUAA